AAAUCGGCAUUUAUGAACGAAAUCUUGAAAAGUCAUCAUUUAAAAUGGCGUCGCUGUCGAGUUUAUUGCCCGCACCCACACAGCAGGUGUGGGAUCGGGAUGAUGAGAGAAAAGCGAAGAGAGUUGGAAGUGCCUUGGUGGUGUCUCAAACCAGUGUACCACCCUACGGUCAAAGGAAAGGCUGGAUACCUAGAGCUGAGGAAGACUUUGGAGAUGGCGGUGCCUUCCCGGAGAUCCAUGUGGCUCAGUACCCACUGGGUAUGGGAGCAAGAGGCAAGGAGAGCACCUCCAAUGCCCUCGCAGUCCAGUUGGAUGAGUCAGGCCAUGUUAAAUACUCGGCAAUCGCUAGGCAAGGGCACAGUGCUGAUAAGAUAAUAUACUCCAAACUAACAGACCUUCUACCGUCGGAGGUCUUAGCGGAAGAUGAUCCUACACUACAGAAGCCUGAUGAUGAGGAUAUCCAGGAUAUCACAGAGAAGACCAAGCAGGCCCUGGAGAAGCUUACAAAUGCCAAGAUAUCUGCGGCAUUACCUGUUAAAGCUGCCCCCAAAGCUGCACCAGCUCAAUACAUCAGGUAUACACCUGCACAACAAGGAGGACAGUUCAACUCUGGUGCUAAACAGAGAGUUAUCAGGAUGGUGGAGGCCCAGUCGGACCCGAUGGAGCCGCCGCGCUUCCAGAUCAACAAGAAGAUCCCGCGCGCGGCGCCGUCCCCGCCCGCGCCCGUGCUGCACUCGCCGCCGCGCCGCGUGUCCGUCAAGCAGCAGCGCGACUGGAAGGUGCCGCCCUGCGUGUCGCACUGGAAGAACGCCAAAGGUUACACGAUCCCAUUGGACAAGCGUCUAGCCGCCGACGGUCGUGGUCUCCAACAAGUCCACAUCAACGAGAACUUCUCCAAACUGGCCGAGGCGUUAUACAUUGCUGACAGGAAAGCGAGAGAAGCUGUAGAGGCGCGUGCGCAACUCGAGAGGAGACUAGCGCAGAGGGAGAAGGAGAAGAAGGAAGAACAUCUGAGGAUGUUGGCGCAGAGAGCGAGAGAUCAUAGGGCUGGUAUCCGAGCACCCGAUGAGGAACCGGAAUCGAACGAGGUGGACGAGAGCGGUCUGACCGUCGCUGAGAGAGACAAGCUGCGAGCUGAUAGGCAUAAAGAGAGGCAACGCGAGAGGAACCUGGCCAGGGCGGCGCCUGAUAAGAGAUCGAAGCUAGUCAAAGAUCGGGAGCGUGACAUAUCGGAGCAGAUCGCGCUCGGUCUGCCGGCCAAGACCAACCAGGGAGGCGAGGGGAUGUUCGACCAGAGACUCUUCAACAACAGCAAGGGAAUGGACAGCGGCUACGGUGACGACGAAGCCUACAACGUGUACGACAAGCCGUGGCGGAACCAGGACAACGUCGGGGCUCACAUCUACAGACCUUCGCGGAACGCUGACAAGGACAACUACGGCGGCGAUAUCGAUGCUAUCGCUAAUACUCGCAGAUUCGUAGCAGACAAAGAGUUCGCGGGCACCAGCAGCAGCAACACCCGCGCCGGCCCUGUGCAGUUCGAGAAGGAUGCUCCCUCCUCUAGAGACGAACCUUCUCGCAGCAACCAACCUGACGCUGACUUCGAUCCCUUCGGUCUGGAUCGGUUCUUGAGUGAAGCCAAGCGCGCGGACAAGUCGGGACGCAAGCGCGACCAUCACGAUCGACACGACCAACACGGCAAGAAGAGGAGGGAUUAGAUAGGUAUAGAAGGUGUAUAUAAAGUUAAAAUGCUAGUUAAUUGUAGUUAGGAUUAGAAUUUGUUACUUACAUGCCACAUCACACGAAACAUCCGAGUUUUAUGAACAAUAAUAUGUUUCGUGUUAAAUCUAUUAUACAUAAUUGGUCUAUACGAGGGCCAAACACCACUAAGUUAAAUUCUUGCAGUAGGGUAUUUGACUUAUCUAAUGAUAUAAAUCUGUAUAGUCCAGAUAGAUUUCCAGUCCAAUUUAUCACAUCCUUAAAAAUUAAAGAAGUUAAAAAGCACUUCAGUUUAGUAGUGGGGGUUAAAAACAUCACUUUCUAGUAAAAAACUUACUAGUAAUCGCGCGAGAUUAACAGUAAGUACCAAUUACUGACAUCGCGCGAGAUUUUAAAUCACUGUAUCGCUUUCAUUUUUUGUUUACGAGUUAAAAUAAGUAUCCAAUAUUUUUUGAAAAUCUGUUUGACGGACUCAAAAGAUUUUUAGUCAAAUAUCCUGUUGUGGGGAGAUGCCGCUCUACGCUGUGUAGUGCGCUGUCUCGUUUUCACAUAAUAUUACUUUAAAAGGUGAUUAUAGGCCGACUUUAUAUGGGUGCCCAUCCACUUAUAUACCUCACCGUGCCUUGAAAAGCACAAAAUAAACAAGAUGUAGAUAAAGUGCCUCAAAUUGUAAACAAAUUCUCCAAGCAAUACAUUAAUUAGUUCAUAAGUCUCGUUACUGAGUUAGCGUUUUACUUAAAUUUUAAUCCAACAUAGCUUAGGAACUGUUGGUCCAAGACUUUCACUACUAUUGUCUCGUAGUUGAAAUCUUACGCAGAAUUAAAAGAGGUUUUAAAAGUUGAAAGGGUUUUUCUAUUUCCUAAAACUGAAAUCGCGAAACGAUUAUAAAAAGGUUUAAUGUCGUGAAAGCAAGACGCCGCUGUACAUUGCGUAGUGCGUCGUCCCACUUUCACAACUUCAAAUCCUUCAAGUGGUAAUAACAACAGCAGAAGUAGAUCAUGAAGCAGAAAUUCAAUACUAAUGAACUGAGUACCUACGCAUCAGCACUGUCUGGGUUUCAAAGUGAUUCAAAAGUAUGUGAACUAAAGUACGCUAGUAAGCUAGCCCAGUAUAACCGAAAAAAAGCAUUUCUGAAGCUAAUUCCGUUGAUAAGUAUGGUGUUUUUAUUUUUAUCAUCUACUUUAGCUGGUGACUGUACUGCUAUUAAAUACUACAUAACGCGAUAAUAAAAGAAAGCAUGAAACUUAACGAGGGCUAAUAAGUUUGAGCAUUCAGUUAUGUGAGUCAGUGUGGUGUCGUUGUGUGUACCUUUAGCAUAAGACUCGUUGUACACGAGACAACACCAGGCUCCUAUAAAUUAAACACAGUAACUACUGCCGUAUAAUCUUAAUGGACCAUGUAUUGUUGGAGACUCAAGUUGUCGAGCAUAAGAAACUUGGGUUGUGUCGUGUAAGAAGGGCAUAAGUCGUUCUGUGAAUGGUUUUGUACUGUACAGAGCAUAGAUUAAUUAUUCUAAGUUUAUGUGAUUAUGAUUUUGCUAUUUUUAGCUAAAUAAAGUUGGUUGAAAUACAUAA